UUCCCUUCGGUUUUUCUCAUCCCUUCCUCUCCUCGACGACAAGAAAAAUUAAAAGUUAAAACUAUCUAUCGAGACCUUUGUCGCUAAGACUCAUCAUCUCAAAACUCUGAGAAUUUUUCCAACCUGAGGGAAAAGCUGAGUCAACCAUAUAGCAGCUGAGGCGUUGAAUAUUUUAAAAAGAAAGAAAAAAAUGGCUUGUAGAGGUUGUUUUGAGUGCUUGCUCAAGUUACUCAACUUUCUUCUGGCUGUUGCUGGUCUCGGCAUGAUUGGUUAUGGUAUCUACUUGUUUGUUGAGUACAAAAGAGCAACGGAUAACUCUCUUAACUUUAAUGGCGACGACCAAACUUAUGUCUCUUUGGGGAGGCCCAUGCUUAUGGCUGUGGCUCUCUCUUCCAAUGUCUUUGACAAUCUCCCCAAAGCUUGGUUCAUCUACUUGUUCAUUGGUAUCGGCGUGGCACUCUUUGUUAUUUCAUGCUGUGGCUGUGUUGGUACUUGUUCAAGGAACGUCUGCUGCUUAUCUUGUUACUCUCUACUUCUGAUCUUGUUGAUCUUGGCGGAGCUUGGAGCUGCAGCGUUUAUAUUCUUCGACAACAGCUGGAGAGAUGAAAUUCCUUCUGACAGGACUGGGAAUUUCGAUACCAUCUAUAAUUUCCUGAGAGAAAACUGGAACAUUGUAAGAUGGGUAGCUCUAGGAGCCGUUGUCUUCGAGGCUUUGCUUUUCUUGCUCGCCCUUAUGGUUAGGGCAGCUAAUACACCAGCGGAGUAUGACAGUGAUGAUGAGUUUAUUACUCCUCCAAGGCAACAAAUCAGGCAGCCAUUCAUCAACCGCCAACCCGCCCCUGUCACCGGGGUCCCAGUUGCUCCUACUUUGGACCAACGCCCGAGCCGCAGUGACCCCUGGAGUGCACGGAUGAGGGAGAAGUAUGGGCUUGACACAUCUGAGUUCACAUACAAUCCCUCUGAGUCGCACCGGUUUCAACAAAUGCCGACGCAACCAAAUGAAGAAAAGGGUAGGUGCACCAUCAUGUGAGUUCAUGCUAAAAAGUCUUCAAAAGAGAGUUCAGCCAGUUCUCUUUUCCUGUUUUCUUGUCCUCGUGUGUAACAAUCAAGAGUCAGUAAAACUAGAGGGUUGUUUCUAGGUUGAUGAUAAUGAUGACUCUUAGCAUCCGAGCUCUCUCUAAUCAACCUAGUCACAUUUUAUGAAAACUUUUUCUGUUGUGUCUGUGUAGUCUUUUAUAAGGUCAUCCUGGUUGUUUGAUUCGGUACUGUGAUUCGUAUUGUAUAUGAAACUCAUCUGCUUCAUGUCAUCUUAAUUUGAAGACGUUACUCUGAGAGUUUUCGUGAAUACACGCA